AUGCUGCGAGCAGCGACACACCCCGUUCUCCUUGUCACCAUCCUCGCCAUCGCAAUCCCUUUGGCUUGCUGUCAGGGAUAUGACUUCGGUGUCGAUGUCUCUCGUCUCACUCGGCGGCAGACCGCCAGCCCGAUCCUGGUCGGCAAACUGCCGCUGGCCACCAACGGUACCAUUCCGGUUCGGCAGGAGAUUCGACAGAUGAGGGCAGACAAACACAAAUGGGACCUCUUCAUUCUUUCCAUGAGCAUGUUUCAAACUGCUGAUCAACAAGACCCUUUGUCCUAUUACCAAGUCACUGGCAUACACGGCGUCCCAUUCGUUUCAUGGAACGGUGUCGAGGCCUCUUCUGGGGCCAGUCAAUCCGGAUACUGCCCUCAUAACUCGGUUCUCUUUCCCACAUGGCACCGACCAUAUCUAGCACUCUACGAGCAACAAUUGUAUACAAUGGCCAACGCCAUCGCGGCAUUGUUUACGAAUGCCACCGAAAGACGGCUGUACCAAAUUGCGGCCUCAGAUUUUCGUGCUCCUUACUGGGAUUGGUCCCAAAGCCCGCCUCCUGGAGAGACACAUCUCCCAGACGUAUUUUGGAGUCCCAUCAUCGCUCAAAGCGGUCCUAAUGGCAUUCAAAACAUCAAGAAUCCGUUAUUUUCCUACCAUUUCCAUCCUCUUGACGAAGACGCGCUCAUUUGGAAUCCGCUCAAGCAGUGGAACGAGACGAAAAGAGGGCCCGAACUGGCAGUCAGUAUCACAUCGCCGCCUUCCAACAACUCCAAAGUCAACGACGCGCUAUUAUCCAAGCUACCCGAAAUCCAGCAGCGUCUCUAUGUCUUGUUCUCGAGUUACCAUGACUAUAAUGCAUUCAGCAACAAGGCCUGGGCCCCAUCACAAGGUCUAUCAAUGAUGGACUCUAUCGAGUCCAUACAUGACAUGAUUCACAUAUACGGCGGAUCCAAGGGCCACAUGACAUAUGUCCCGCUGUCCGCCUUUGAUCCUUUGUUUUUCUUUCACCAUAUUAUGACGGAUCGUCUCAUAGCCAUAUGGCAGAUGCUUAACCCGUCCGCGUGGAUCACACCGAUGCCAGCGGGCGAGACCACAUUCACUGCAAUCAAGGGAACGAUCCAAACAUCCAAGACACCCCUAACCCCAUUCUACUUCGCCUCAGAUGGCACGUUCUGGGACUCCGACAUGUCGAGGAUCACAGAGGUAUUCGGCUAUACGUAUGCAGAUACUGACCCCUCUCGCGGAUCUGAGGAUGCCAUCCGCCACUCACUAAUCGACAAGAUCAACAAGUGGUACGGCUCGUCCAGCCCCCUCGGUCAAAUGGCAAUCGCUCAGCACGGAGGUGGUCAGCCGAGGCCUUUAGGACAUGCCGCCAAAGCGGGCGUCCAAAGCGGUGCUUUCAGACCAAACAUCCAGUUGAGCGCUCAAAACCCCUCGAGCGCACGCCUGAUCAAGAACGGCGGGUAUACAGAAUGGACCGCCAAUGUUCGCGUCAACACAGAGGCUGUUGAUGGAUCAUACUCGGUCUAUUUUUUCUUGGGGCAGCCGCCACCAAAUGCGCUCGAUUGGGAAUCGGCUCAGAACUUGGCAGGCUCCGUGGGCAUGUUUUCGAUGAAGCACACCAACGGGUCACAGUCCAAGAUUUCGGGGGCAUUGCCGUUGACCUCGGCUGUGAUGAAGAUGGUCGCAGCGGGGUACAUUGCAGAUUUGUCACCAACUGCAGUGGUACCGUUCCUCAGCGAGACGUUAGAGUUUCGCAUCCUGGGGAGCAACGAGCGGGAGAUUGAGGCAGAGACGGUAGAGGGGCUUCAUGUUGUUAUCAGCAGCGCAGAUGUCAAAAUCCCUCGGGCAAAGGAGCUUCCCACAUGGGGUCGUUCAAAGACGAGGUUGGAGAUGUGGGUGUGA